GCGCCCCGUCGGGUGAGGAGAGGCGGAUCCGAUGGAUGGAUUCGUGGCGUUCAUGUGUUUGCUGUUGGUGCUUUUGCAUGCUUUCUGCUGGAUCAAUAAAAUUUCUGGAACUGUUUUGAUGUGGAGUGCUGGUGAAUUUUGGCGUUCCCCUUGCUAUUGAACUCCAUUGUUGUCCUCCUAAAAUGCUUUUGCGUUAAUCCGGCUUCUGGGAAAUAAAGAAGAUGAGCCUCUCAACCCGGGGGUGCCCUAUUGGAUCACUGUUUGCUAGAACUUAACGCUGAAUUGUCUGUGCAGUUUUUUUUCUUUUUCAUGACCUGGCUCUGUAGAAUUUUGAUCAAAACUUUUGAUCCGUUUUAAAUUUGAUCUUGACAGUUGACAUUACUGACCUUUCGGUUCCAUUUGUUAUCAUUAGCAAUUCAGUAAUAUAUACUAUUAUUAGGUGCCCUUCAUUAUUGGGGUUUGAGAGAUAGUGAGAGCUGAGCCAACUCCCAUUUAUUUGACAGGUACACCAAUAAUAUGGUGCCUGCACUGAAGGAUUCCGGUAUAUUGUUUAGGCUAGUGGUGCACGUAUCAAUCCCUCAAAUCUAGCUCGAUCGGAGUUCCUUUGCUGCCCUUGAUUGUGAUAUAGAAAUUAAAUUUUCUAUACUUUAAUCAAUUGAUCUGUAUAUUUAUUAUUAGAUCUGUCCACAUGAUGAGUCGAUGAAGGACAAUUAUUAGCUGCACAAUAUUAGCCUGGUGUUAUGUUUGUGGAUCAUUAUGGUGUGGUUGGCUUAUUUUAUUGGUCAUCGUGGACAAUAACCCUUAGGAGUAUAUAUUCUGUUUGCAAACCUUGACUUUUCUAUCAUCCAGCUAUCGAAGAAGCAAUGGACAGCUUGAAGAUUGAUGCUAGCACGAAGGCAAGCAAUGUCAACUUGUAUCUUGCAUUUCCUCGGGCGAUGCCGCUAGUACUGUGAAGGAAAGUGAAAUGAACCAAGAAGCUUCUACUGGGGACCAAGGGAUGUAUUACUACGGAUAUUACUAUCCUGGCUCAUAUGGAGGAUGGGAUGAAAAUGGCUGCUUUGUUGGUUAUAAUGGUCUAGAGAUGCACCCAGCAGUGGUUCAAGGCGAUAACGGGCCAUAUUCGUGCUAUCUCCCGGGGUAUGAAAAUGGGUAUGCUUCUUAUAGUCCGGUUGUUCCUGGUGGCGUUACUAGUGCGGAUGGUCAAUAUGUCAGCAAAGAGCCAUAUUACUCCACUGCAAUUCCAAUGCCAGAUCCAAGCACACCUGGCAUUUUUGCUCAACAAAUUGCUUAUGGACCUGAACUAGUCCCUGCAUACUCAUGGGACCCUUCUUUUGUUCUUCUGGAUGGGGUUCAGGGACAUCCAGUUGGUGUGCAUCAUACAAAUUAUGCUGCAAGACCAAAGUAUUCUUCUAAUAAGCAUGGUGUUCCUUCUUCCAAAGCUGCCCGCAGUGCAAAAGCUGCUCCAGAAACUAUCAAAGGAUCAUCAUCGGCUCUAGAACCUUUACCAAAUGCUGCGAAUAGCAACCUAUUAUCAAAGGCUGCAAAUAAGGCAUCUGGUGCUUCCAUAGCAAAAGGAUAUCUUCCAUCUAGCAAGUUUGUGACGCAUAAUAAUAACCAAGGAAAAAUCGGUGUUUAUCAAAACAAAGGCAUCAAUGUGAAAGAAAGUGGUAGAAGCUGGACCAACAGUGACAAGCUUAAGACAAAAAGUAAGCUAAAUGGACAUGGUGAUUCUGACAUAUCUAAUGAGAAUAGCCACACUGAUGACUCAAGACACAGUUUAAGCCCUCGAGGUGAUGUUGUUGGAUUGUCAUGUACUGGAGAUGCUAACAAUACCAUACCUUCACCUGUCACAAUAAGCAAAAAUGCAUAUAAUCUUCCAGAUUUUGUUACAAAGUAUGAGCAAGCUCUAUUCUUUGUAAUUAAAUCUUACAGCGAAGAUGAUAUUCACAAGAGUAUCAAGUACAAUGUCUGGGCAAGUACUCCUAAUGGAAAUAAAAGACUUGACAAUGCCUAUAGACUUGCACAGGAAAGGAUGGCAGAAAAAGGAACCAAAUGUCCUGUUUUCCUUUUCUUCUCUGUUAAUGCCAGUGGUCAGUUCUGUGGUGUGGCUGAGAUGGUUGGUCCAGUAGAUUUUAACAGGAACAUGAACUUCUGGCAACAGGACAAGUGGAAUGGUUUCUUUUCAGUAAAAUGGCACAUUAUCAAGGAUGUGCCUAAUCCACAAUUUCGCCACAUAAUUUUGGAGAAUAAUGAGAACAAACCUGUGACAAAUAGCAGGGACACACAAGAGGUCAAAUUUCCACAAGGUACAGAGAUGCUGAACAUUUUCAAGAACUUCUCAUGUAAAACAUCAAUAUUGGAUGACUUUGACUUCUACGAAAAUCGGCAGAAAGUAAUGCAGGACAGAAGGAGCAAGCCACUUACUACAUCAUUUGAUCACCCAUUGGCAAAAGCUGAAAUAUGCACUAAUGUUGGUAUGGUACCUGAUACAACCAAGAAAAAUGAGGAGCAGAGAAACGAUGUUGCAGAAGUACCCAGCAAGGUUGCAACAGAAGGAUGACUGUUUGGGCUACUUGAUCUGGGGAAAAUGAGAUAGCCUCUGAAAUGGACUUCAACCUGAAAUGAUAAGUUUGAUGUGCGUAAUGUCGAAAAACAAUCAUUCUGCAGAGUUGUCUUCAUUUUCUCAUGCCAGCGGAAAAGGAAAAAAGGUGAAGCCAUGAAACUGUUUUUCCCACGAGAAACAUUCAAUGACUGGGAAAAAGGUUCCGGGACAUUAGGUUCAAGGCCCUCAGCACCAAGGCACUAGAGCGCCCUCCUUGUCUAUUUUUUUCAUUGGGAGGGCACUUUCUUUUCUUCUGUUGAAUCUUUUUCUCCUCCCUAUUAAGCUGCUGAGGUUUUGCCAAGAAAUUUGUGCUGUGGUUCAAAGAACUGUGGUUCAAAGAAGCUAGUUUGCCUCAUGGCUGGGUGUUUCUUAGGGUAUGUUUGUUGAUGUGUGGGUUGUCCUCUAGAAUGUGGUAUGUGUUGGAUGUUUUCUUUUAGAAUCCGUGUCGUUGUUCUAAAAAAACUGACAUAGAAAAAAAAAGAAAAAAAGGGGGAGGGGGGAUACUGUGAGAGAUUAGGAAUUGCUAGAAUUACAAUAACUUAAUAUUUUGUUGCUAUUUCUUCCAUUAUUAUCAAGAAAAGGGACAAAAAGAUUUGAAAA